UAAUAUCAAAUCCGAACCAAACUACACACAAGUAUAUAUAGAAUUAGCCCAUCCAAUCAGGUUGGAAGUUCUUCCUCCCCAACUCCCCCGUCUCCACCGCCUCGCCGCCACCCUACCCGCCAUCCAUCCCCAGUGCCACUCUGCUCGCCGUCCCCAUUCUUGAUAGAACUACCUUCUUUGAGCUUCAAAUUUCAUCUUGUUGGACUAAAAAUGAACUUAUCACCUCGUAUUAUCUCCCCUUUGGUUUCCAAUUUACUCACAAAAACUUCCCAUUUCUUCAAUCAACUCCACCAAAAUCCAUAUUCAACCCAUUCACUCCAAACUCUGCAAGAUUCCUCCAAUUCCAACAACCCCAUCAUCACUUCUAUAUGUAAUUCACUACGUAGAGGAGAAAAUUGGGAAGCCUUAACAAAAAAGUUCCAAUCUUUUCACUUCACUGACCCAAUUAUUCAAGAAGUGCUCUUACAUCUCAAAGAACCUCAUGAUGCCAAAAAUGCCCUCAAUUUCUUCCAUUGGUCAGCAAAAAAUUGUAAUUCUCGACAUGGGGUUUUCAUUUAUUGCAUUAUAAUUCACAUUCUUGCAAAAUCUAAGCUUGUUAGACAUGCCAACGCGUUGAUUGAGUCUGUUUUGAGGAAAGAAUCAGGGGGUGAUGAAAAUGUGUUUGUUGUUCUUGAUUCUUUAAUUGGAAGUUAUAAAUUAGCUGAUUCGUGCCCGUUUGUGUUUGAUUUGUUUGUGCAAUGUUGUGCUAAGUUGAGAAUGGUAGAUAAGGGUUUGGAUGUUUGUAAAUUGUUGGAUGGAAAUGGUUUUAUGCUUAGUGUAAUUAGUUAUAAUACUCUGCUACAUAUCGUGCAAAAGUCGGAAAAGGCUUCUAUGGUUUGGGGUAUAUAUGAGUAUAUGAUUGAGAAAAGGAUAUAUCCAAAUGAAAUGACAACUAGAAUUAUGAUUAGUGCUUUGUGCAAAGAAGGGAGGUUACAGAGAUUUUUGGAUGUUGUGGAGAAAAGUCAUGGAAAAAGAUGUCAACCUGGGGUUGUUGUGAAUACGUGUUUGAUAUAUGGGAUGAUUGAGGAAGGUAGAAUUGAAGACGGGUUGGGGUUGAUGAAGAGAAUGUUGCAAAAGAAUAUGAUACUUGAUACAAUUUCUUGUUCGUUGAUUGUUCUUGCAAAGGUGAAGAUGAGAGAUCUGGAAUCUGCUUGGGGGGUUUAUGAUGAAAUGCAUAGGCGGGGUUUUGAAGGGAAUGCACUGGUGUAUGAUUCGUUCAUUGGGGCGUAUUGUGAGGAGAAGCGGAUAGAUGAAGCGAUUAAGCUGAUGGACGAAAUGGAGUGUUUGAAUAUGAAACCGUUUGGCGAAACAUUCAAUCAUCUGAUUAAGAUUUGUUCAGAAGUAGGAAGACUAGAAGAAAGCUUGAAAUUUUGUGAUAAAAUGAUAGGAAAUGGACUCCUUCCUAGUUGCUUAUCGUUUAACAAACUUGUUGCCAAGCUUUGUGAAAAUGGAAGUGCAAAGUGUGCUGAUAAGCUAUUGACUACUCUGAUGGAUAAGGGUUUUGUUCCAGAUCAAAACAUCUAUACUUACCUCAUUGCUGGUUAUGUCAACUUAGGUGACGUUGAGGGAGCUCUUAAGCUUUAUUAUGAAAUGCAAUAUAGGUCGAUCUCUCCUAGUACUUCUAUUUUUGAUUCAUUAAUUAUUGCUUUAUGCCAAUGUGGGAGAUUGAAAGAAGCUGAUGAGUUUCUCUCUUUAAUGAUUGGUCAAUCCUGGACACCAAGCAUUCAUGUUUAUAAGAAAUUGAUCGCAAGCUACUUGGAGAGGGGCAAUGAAACAAGGGCUAAUCAGCUGUACAGACAAAGACUUACAGAGAUUGAUGACAUACAAUAGAAUAGUUUCUGAGCUUUAUUUGCAGUUCAAUCGAGCUGUAUCAAUAAGUUGAUUCGCAUAACUUUCUUUGUGAUGGUAUUGGUGAAUGUUUGUUGGCAGGUGGUAACAUGGUCUUCUCCCUGUAGUAUGACAGUUGGUAUCAUAGUGGUCAGUAAUGUGAUUCAGUGCUGUGUAAUAGGUUGGCCGGUGGUAACCAAUAUUGGAGAAUAUUUGUUGGCAAGUAGUAACGUUUGUUCUACAGUAUUACUUCUCGUGAAUUAAAAAUUUGACUGAAACAUUGGAUGGUGUCUAUGAUAUUAUUAUUAUACAUAAUAUCAAAAGAUGUGUAGUUUUCUUCCCAACUGCGAUAUGAAUGGUUUAUCAUGAACCUGAUAUGCCACUUUCUGAUUAAAAAUGUACUUUAUCUUAACAAAGAGCAGCUUCCGGGUGAAUUUUGAAGCUCAGAAAGAAUGAUUCAAACCUUUGAUUUACUAUAAGUUGUAAAAGCAAGUUGAGAACCAGUCCUGAUGGUUUUAAGUAGAACCGGUGGUGAAGGAUGAGGGAAAUGUAUUUCUCCAUAGUAAAUCAAACUAAUUCACAGCUGUUUUCUCCUUAAUUGAAGGAAAAUAGAAGCUGGAGCGCAAAGAAGUUGAUGCAAGCUGACAGAGCUUCUUCACUGCUUAAGCUGUCUUCACACUCCCGUAACAACAACAUACCCAGUGUAGGAAAGUUAAUGGCAAUGUCCCAAGUUGUGGAUUGGUUAUGCUACAACCUGAAGUUGGAGGCUCCAAACAGAACUUCUUCUUUGCUGGAAUAGACAAAGUAAGGUUCAGGAAGCCAGUGGUGGCUGGAG